AUGCUGCGCCAGACGACCCGCGUCUGCGCCUUCUGCGAGGUGCGCUCGCUGCUGGCGGGGACGGCGCCGCGCACGGCGCCGACUCUGCACACCCGCCUUUACACGCAGGUGCAGACCGAGCGAGGCGGACGAGGCGAGCGAGGCGGACGAGGUGAGCGAGGCGAACGAGAGCGCUCGCGGCAACGGCCCACGUACGGACGCGACACGCUCCAGCUGUCGGGCUCGGUCGACACGCCCGCAGCUGACCGGCCGAAGAGGAGACCGCGCGAGCCGUACUCGUUCCUCAACAAGACCAGCGCGCCGCCGACGCUGGUGCGCGAGCGGGAGCAGGCCAGAGCACGCCGCCCCGACCGCGACACGAACCCGCGCGGGCGCGACAGCGACAAGAGGCGCACCAAGCCCGACUCGUUCCACGCGCUCAAGAUGCAGCGCUCGCUGCACGAGAUCCCCUACGCCGCGCGCAAGGCCGUCAAGGGCAAGCUCGACCAGUACGACGCCUUUGACAAGUUCCCGCUCCUCGACACGGUGCAGGCCGCCGUCAAGGACGCCCUGCCCGCCCUCGAGUACCGCAGCCCCACCCCCGCCCAGGCCGUCGCCAUCCCCGCCCUGCUCGGCCUGCGCAGGCCGACGCGCACCCGGGCGGUCUCGAAGAAGUCGCCCGGCCCCGACGCCUUUCUGCUCGCCGCCGAGACGGGCUCCGGCAAGACGCUGGCCUACCUGCUCCCGACCCUCGACGCCAUCAAGCGCGACGAGGCGCGCGAGAAGGACGAGGAAGCGGCCGUCGCGAGAGACGCCGCCGCUGACGCCGCCGCCGCCGCCGCCGCCGCCAGCCCGCCCUCGACGCGCGGCGACAUGUUCGACGUGCCCGAGCCCGCCGUCAACAAGGCCGUCGACCCCGCCCGCCCCCGCGCCAUCGUCCUCGUCCCCUCCGCGGAGCUCGUCGCCCAGGUCGGCGCCGUGGCAAAGUCGCUCUCGCACACGGUCAAGUUCCGCGCCGCCCCCAUCAGCGCCAGCAUGUCCGCCACCGUCAUCCGCAACCGCCUCUUCAACGAGCACGGCGUCGACGUGGUCAUCUCCACGCCGCCCCUGCUCGCCAGCAUCGCCGAGUCCAACCCCAACAUCCUCGCCCGCGUCACGCACCUGAUCUGCGACGAGGCCGACUCGCUCUUCGACCGCUCCUUCAAGCCCUCGACGACGGAGAUUCUCGAGCGCGCCACUCCCUCGCUGCAGCAACUCGUUCUCUGCUCCGCCACCAUCCCCAAGUACCUCGACAAGUUCCUCGCCGACAGGUUCCCGGACAUGACGCGCCUCGUCACGCCCAACCUGCACGCCAUCCCGCGCCGCGUGCAGCUGGGCGUUGUCGACGUGAACAAGGACCCGUACCGCGGCAACAAGAUGCUCGCCUGCGCCGACACCAUCUGGCAGAUUGGCAAGUCGGCCUCGGAGUACAGCGACGAAGACGGCAAGGAGAGCGUCGCCACCAAACGCAUCCUGGUCUUCGUCAACGAGCGCGACGACACCGAGGCCGUCGCCGGCUACCUGUGCAGCAAGGGCAUCGACGCGCUGGCCUUUCACCGCGACACCAACCCCGUCCGUCAGGCAAAGACGCUUGCUUCCUUCACCGACGGCUCCAUCAGCCCGUCGUUUGGCCAGACGCGGGAUAGCACGGCCGCCGACUCCCCCGACGCCGCCGCCGCUGCCGCCGCCGCCGCCGCCAAGCCCACCACGUCCCGCUCCCUCGCCAACACCAAGGUCAUCGUCACCACCGACCUCGGCUCCCGCGGCAUCGACACCGUCUCCGUCCGCCACGUCAUCCUGUACGACGUCCCGCACACCACCAUCGACUUCAUCCACCGCCUGGGCCGCACGGGCCGCAUGGGCCGCCGCGGAAGGGGCAUCGUGCUCCUGGGCGCCGGCGACAGGGCAGAUGUGGUCCGCGAGGUCAGGGACGCCAUGUUCAGAGGCGAGGCCCUGAUCUGA